UUAAUUUAAUUAUCUUCGCAACUCGACGUGUAUUUCGUAAAAGUUGGCCGUCAUCAGCCGUCAUUUUGUUAUAUUUGUGUAUUUUGUCGGCAAUUUUAUGUGAUUAAGCGUAAAAAAUGGCUAAAUUGGUCGAUAUAUACAAUUGCGAAAAGGAGCCUGUUAUCAAACGUCGACAAUUACCACUUACUAUUUACGAAAAUCUAACUAUGAUUAUGGAUCUAAAUACGAUGGGCCUUAUUUGUGACAACCCUCAAGUGAAAGGUCGCGAGUACGAGGAGUUCAUGCGCAAGUACAGAAUCCUUACGACCGACGAACUGAAAUCAGCCCUAAGGGUCGACGCGUCCGAUAUAUUUAACGUUUUAAAUCAAAGCAUUCCGUGUGUUGGCUGCCGGAGGAGCGUUGAAAGACUCUUUUACCAGUUAUGCAAAUCAGGACACCCAACUUUAGAUCCACUUAUUAUGAGCACAGAUGAAAUUAUGACAAUCAGAGAAGACAAAAUAAUACAUUCACAGUCACUUGCUACCUUGUUAAAUGGUCACAGCACUGGCAUUGAAUGCCUAAUCCUCAGUCAACCGAGGUGGAAGAAGUCUCAGCGUUGCACUUUACAUUCGCUCGAAGCUGGCACAGCGAGGGGCUGGGGCGCCACAUCCACGUGCGGUUGGGGUUGGGGCGCCUGGGGCUGGGGGGGCAGAGCCGCGUGGCGCGCCGCCUGGGACGCUAUGAGGACUUCGGCCCGAGAACAUGUCACCCUGGUCCACUUCAACACGUUACACGACACCCUUCACAACUAUCUCAGGAAACACAGAUUCUGCGCUGAUUGCAAGACUAAAGUAUUGAGGGCUUAUCAGUUAUUGGUGGAAGAGAAAGAACCGCAUAAGGAAAAGGGAUAUGUGGGAGCGUUGUAUGGUGGCAUCAAACGUUGCUUGUUAGACAAACACCUACACUUGCAGGCUAAGACGGACUACAUAGCUCACCUCAUAGCUAGGGCGGAACCAGAGCUGCUAGGGAACCAUCGCGAAAGACACGCCAAGACUUUGGAGAUUGCACAGGAAGAGGUCUUGAUAUGUCUCGGAAUAUGCAUCUACGAGCGUCUUCAGCGUAUCUCUCUCAGGCUGCGCGAGGAGGAGGGCACCUGUCAGACCCUCGCAGCGGUCGCAGUAGAAGCACUUUACCGCAAGUUCGAGACCGCGGUGGAGCUGAAGAGUGGCGUGUCCAAACUCCAGCUGCUCUACGAAGAGAUCACCCAGGAGGAAGUCACCCGGCAGCAGAGGAAAGAACAGAAAAAACUCAAACGGCGCAAGAAGAAGGAACGACAAGCAGGCGAAGGAAAGUGCAAGGAAGCAGACUCGGAGGAACCUGAAGAAAAGUGCCAAUGUGAAGAAUGUCUACUUGAAGAGAGAGACACACCAACAGACUUGUUAACACCGACCGACUACAACCAGUGCUACGAGGGCUCGCUGAUACAGUCCAACGACAGUUGCCAAUCCUGUCAAGAGGACUACACCAAACACUGUUCGCCCAAGAAAUUAAGCAAGCAACGAGCCAAAAAUGGAAAUCUAUCUCCCAACGAACACCAUGACUGUGGAUAUUCUUCAGGAAACAAUGUUGGUUGCUGCGGUGAGACACUGUCGGGCUCGUCCUCCCUUAUGAGUUCUCCAGAAGGUUCUGAAGUCGCUUGUUCUGAAGGAUUCUGCAAUCACGAAAGAGGGGAUUGUUUGGACAAUAAAAACGAUAAGAACAUGUCGUGUCACAAUGGUUUCACGCUGUCACUGCAAGAAAUGCUGGACACAUGUUCAUCAGACGAAGAGCAGGACACCAGUUAUAUUCCUCUAGAAGAAGUGUUGGAGUUUAAAUCACGAAUAAACAUAACAGAGAAAAGGCAAGAGCUCAGACAGAAUUUAAGGCAGAAAUUUGCCCAGUUCUGUGUGAACCCGCAGACACAACCAGUUCAACAGAAGCCAGGUGGCAAACAUCCUGCAUAAUCUGUGCUGAGAUACUGUUACAUUCAAACUGCACACACAUUGAAAUCAGUAGAAAAAAAAUUGCAUUACAAAGAAAUAAUUUAAAAUUUAAUUUUAUGUAUAAUAUUAGUUUAUUUUAUUCCAUAUUCACAUUGUUAUAUGCAUGAUAGAAAGCUAAACUGUAAGCUUUCCUUGUAACAAACUAGCGACCAAUAUUAGUGGGCUUAUGUUACAAUAAAGAUUAUUGGUUAUUAUUCCAAGAAAAGGCUUUUCUUAAUAAAUCAAUUCCUAAUAAAAAUCAUGUUCCUGAAAUUAAAUUAAGUUCAAUAAAAUAUUUGAAGUUUGUCACACAAAAUAUUGUAUUGAAUUUUGAAAAAAGGAAAAGGUGCUUAUAGGAUAUGUAUUUGAUAUAUUGUAAUAAUUAACAGCAUGUAAUAAUUAUAAGUUAAAAUAAAGUGCAUGUUUGAAUGAUUUCAACCUGUUUAUGAUAUUAUCAAUUAUAAUCGACUGGCAAUAAAUAUCCAGCAUUUAAUAAAUAUUUACUAUUAAAAAAAUAUUAAAAGGCUUUGUAAUAAAAUAUAGUAGCAUUUUUGAUCAAAUCAUGUUAUUUUCAUGCUUUAUGUGACUCAGUCUUAUGUGGUACACAAUAGAUUAUUAUUUUUGCUCAUUAUAAAAAUGCUAGAACAUCAAAUUGUUAGAAGUUGUAGUGGCUACUUUGUCACUGUAACAAAUCUGAACAUUUGUAACUCAGUUUUAAAUAUACUAUCAAGUCUAAA